AUGCUGAGAGGAAAUGAAAGAGUUUACGCACUUGAGAAAGGGGGAAGGAUUUUUGAAAGUGCUGAAAGCAAUAUUUUUAGUUGUGCUCAAAAAGAGACGAAUAGCAUGCCUGGAAGUAUUAAUCAGUCAAGUAUUGUUCGUUAUAAGAGCUGCCUUUAUUUCGUUCUGUAUAAUAAUGCUCUGUGGAAAUUUGAUCUUGCUUCUAAGCAAUUAUCUGAUGUAGGAACCGUUUAA